AUGGGUAUGAGCAUGGACAGCGGAAACACGUCUUUUCUACAUUUUGGUGACAUCAUCUCAUUUUAUACCGAAGAAAAUUCGGAUCUACGCGGAUUUCUCAGCACAUUAGGCCUAGUCGAUGACAGAUGUAUAGUAGAAUUACAAGAUGGUCGACCGGAGAGUCCGCCAAAGAAAUUUAGAGGUUUGUUAUUUAGUAAACUCUCAUCUAUUACUUGGUGUUGAAU